AUGGAAGCUCUCCUCUCUCAAUUCACUUUCCUCUCAGAUCAAGCUUUACAAGGCAACAAGAAUUUCGAUCCAUCCGCCAUGGAAGACCUAAUGAAGCUUUUCGAGAUCGAAUCUUACAAAGCAUGGGCAGCUUUGGAGCUAGUGGAAGAAAAACAAGUGAAAGGAGCUGAAAUAACCAUGCCGAUAUUGAGUUUCGAUCAGAUGGGAUUAAAAGACGAUCUCCUCUGUGGAAUCUACAAUUACGGCUUUGAAAAGCCGUCGACUAUUCAACAGAGAGCCGUUAUGCCGAUAAUCAAUGGCCGCGAUGUGAUUGCUCAAGCCCAAUCUGGUACCGAAAAAACUUCGAUGAUUGCUCUCACUGUUUGUCAAGUGGUCGACACCGCUAGCAGAGAAUAUGUUGAGGAACGAGCUAUUCCGAUCAAGGAGGUGUUUGAUGCUGAAGAAGUCUUUCGCAGGAACAACUAUGGUUGUGAAGUCUGUUGCAAGUAUAACCUACCAGGGCAAAAGGCUGUUAGAGAGACGGGAGCUCUGCAAGUUGCAAAGAACAAACUGGAAAACCAAGUUGAGAAACUGACAUGGAGAUUACAACUGGAGAAACGGAUGAGGUCUAAAGAAUGCUUGAGAAAGGAAAGGAGAGAGUGUCUAAUUACGCAUUCAAGCGGUGAGACAAAAUUGUUAGAGAAAGUGCAACAUGAGUUGUUGGUCACAUAUGCAAAUCGGCUACUUGAAAAGGAGCAUUCAGGAUCUGAGGCCUUGCUUAGAGAUGACAAGGUGGAGGAUCUUUCUAGGAUGUACAGGCUUUAUUGUAAAAUACCUCGAGGCUUGGAGCACAUUGCUAAUAUUCAAAGUCUUCAUAUGAUGUCUGGGUACCGUAAACUGCCUGUUCACCGCUUUGACUGA